CGCCCCCCUGACUCCCCCUCUCCGGACAGCGCCCCGGUGCAUUGUGGGCGCAGUCCGUUGUUCAUUUGCCAUUCGACCUCGGCCAGGGCCGCGUAUAGCGAGAGAGAGAGAGACCCACCGGGACACCAUCUCCGGACCGACAGACAGACCGGCUCACCGACCCCGGUCUCCCCCCACACCCCGUGACCGAGCGGCUCCCACAAUCCCCCGCGGUGACCGAGCGGCCGCCCGGAGCAGCUCGCUGUGUGUGAGGGGAGCGCGAGCUGGUGGUGGCCCCUGCGGGAGGGCUCGGGGCCCCCCGGUCCGGCUGCCGGCGCUGCGAGAGCCGCGAACAUGGCGGAGAUGAACCGCAGGACCUUGGCCUUCCGAGGAGGCGGCGGCCUCGGCCUGUCCUCCGCCAUCGCCCCCGGUAACAACAACAACAACAACGGCUCCGGCCUGCUGGCCGUGGAGGAGGCCGGCUGGGCCCUCCGGCAGCUGAAUGGCGGCGGCGGGGGGAGCGGGCCGGCGGGCCAGGAGGUGGAGGUGGAGCUGGACGCCGAGGCCCUGCUGGAGGAGGAGGACGAGGAGGAGGCGGCUGAGGCCUACCGCGGCAUGGUGAUGGCCGGCCGGGCGGAGAGCAGGCAGCCCCAGGCCGGGACCGCAGCAGGAGGAGGGGGCCCCGCGGCUGCCGGCGGCUCGGUCAGCGUGGGGAGCAGCGAGGAGGAGGAGGAGGACGAGGAAGAAGAGGAGGAGGAGGAUGAAGCGGCGGCCGGGCAGGCGGGGAGAGGUGACCCGGCGGGGGUGGCCGAGGAUGAGGAAGAAGAGGAUGCCCCCCGGAGAUACGGCCUCCUGCCCGCCGCCCGCUCCCAGUCCCUGCUGCCCAGCCUGCACUGCUCCUUCCAGGGCUCCUGGCUGCACGAGUUCCCAUGGCUGCACUUCAGCCAGGAGACAGGCCUCAUGUCCUGCUCCUGGUGCCACAAAGGCCAGGGCCAGCCGGGACACGACGAGCUAGCCAAGGGAACCCGUGUCUACAAGAGGGCCACCCUGCUCCGGCACAACCAGUCCAACGAGCACCGCAUGAACGACCCUGCAGCUCAGGAGCCUGACAUAAAACCGGAAGUGGCAGAGUCAUACAGUGAAUACAGUACCAAGCCAAAUGAGAAUUCUUAUUGCUACCAACUGCUGCAAGAGUUAAAUGAGCAGAGAAAAAAAGGGAUACUUUGCGAUGUCAACAUAGUGGUAAACGGAAAGGUUUUCAGAGCUCAUAAAAAUAUACUGGUUGCAGGAAGCCGUUUUUUUAAAACCUUAUACUGUUUUACAAACAAAGAAAGCCGUGACCAAACCACUGUUACCUAUUUAGAUGUUGUUGCUGUUCAUGGUUUUUCCAUCAUCCUGGACUUCAUGUACUCUGGUAACCUUGUACUCACCAGCCAAAAUGCCAUUGAGGUGAUGACUGUGGCCAGCUACCUGCAGAUGACUGAGGUUGUACAGUCCUGUCGUAACUUCAUCAAAGAUGCCUUGAAUAUCAGUAUCAAAAAUGAAGCUCCAGAGAACAUUAUGGUGAACUAUAACAAACGAAAAAAUAAGGAUGGCCCUGCACACCGUGACCAAAAAGCGGUAAGCUUCUGGGCCACACGCAAUCUGACUAGUUUGGCGAGCAGUGUGAAGCUAGAAGAUGGGUUUAAUUUAGAUGAAACCCCAAAUGAGAGCUUUCAGUCAAACGAUUCUACAUGGAUUCAGGACAGUUCUCCGGAAGUGACGGAAAUUGAGCCACAAGGUCAGGCAAAAGUGUUUGUGUGGAAUGAUAUGGGCUCCAAUUCAGUUGGGAUGCAAGAGCCCAGCAAACAGAGAAGGAAAAACUUAACCACGAAAAGAUUUGUUUAUAAUAUCCCUCCAAACAAUGAACUUCAAGUGGAUAGUAACACAAUGCUCCCGCAACCCAUUCCCUACACAGAAGAGGAUGUGCAGUGCUUCCAUGAUGGAGCAGGUAAUCUUACAUGGACCUCAAAUGAAUAUAAGUUUUUCCCAGAUUCAUGGACAAGAGAAAAUUAUUUUGAAAAUGGUGAUGCAUCUGCUGGUUUGAUAAACAAGUUAAAAUGUCCGCAUUGCAAUUAUGUAGCAAAAUAUAGAAGGACACUAAAAAGACACUUGCUCAUUCAUACUGGAGUGAGAUCAUUUAGUUGCGACAUCUGUGGGAAGUUGUUUACCAGAAGAGAGCAUGUGAAAAGGCAUUCCUUGGUGCACAAAAAAGAUAAAAAAUACAAGUGCAUGGUGUGUAAGAAGAUCUUCAUGCUGGCGGCCAGUGUAGGAAUCCGACAUGGCUCUCGGCGAUAUGGAGUUUGUGUGGACUGUGUGGAUAAAUCUCAACCAGGGCUUCAAGAAUCAGGUGUUGAACAGGUGGCAGAUGCAGACUUCACCAGGGAUGAAGAAUAUGAUGACAAUGACGCUGUGGAGGCAGUUGAUGCUGAUGAUGACCUUGUAGAUGAGGGGGAAGAUCAGAGUGACCAUGCGCGGUGGUCAGAGCAAAAUGACCCAUCGCGUUGGGGAGAACAGAAUGAUCCUUCACAAUGGGAAAGACCGAAACCACCUCCUCGAUGGGAUGAGUCAGCAGACGUUUGUAUGACAAUAGACGACUGAUUGCCAAUGGGCGUUUAAAACUCAUGGGUGCUGCAGCUGAACAGAAUUUAAAAUUUGAUUGUUGAAAUAUUUUGGACUGAAGGCUUGCAAAAUAUGGUACUGUGCUGGACAAUAGUUGUUGCUGUGAAAACUGUAGGGUCAAAGCCUUAUAGCAAAAAAAAUUUAUUUUAAAUUUUUUUUUUUUUUUUUUUAUAUUUGCACAGGACUGUACAGAAUACAACCAUUUGGUUGAAAUAUACAGAGUCCUCACAUCUCCAAUCAGUUUUCAAAGAAAAUGUAUUUUUAUUUAUAGGAUGUAGCUACGUUGGUCCUAUCAAAGCAUAAAACUACUAUUGUAUUGUUAAUUCAUGUAUCAGUUAAAUUUUUGUUGUUAGAAUGACCAGAAUAGAUGAUGAAUCUGUGUAUGAAUGUGAUGCAACCCUACAGUACUAGAGGUGUCAGAAACAUAUUGCUAUAAUCUAGAAGUGCGUUGCUGACCUCUACCAUUGUACGGAUCAAACUGCCUUUGCACUGCUGUUCUUCUCUUAAGCUAAGUUGCAGGUCUGUAUCUAUAAGGGUGUUGGUGAGGGUUUUAUAUUUUGCUGGCAAGUCUGUCAUGGUUUAAAUCCUUUUAAAAGAGCAGUGCUUGUUUUUAUAUCACAUGUUCACUCUGUAGAGAUUAGUUUCCCAUUUAAAAUUUAUUCACUGUAAUUGUAUUUACCACUUUUUUUUAAUUUAAAUUAUUUUAUUAUUGUUCAUCACGUUAUGAGGUUGCUUCAAUAUAGUGCUCCCUGUCCCCGAUAAUCAGGUCAAGUUGAAGGCUUGGCUUCUCAUCACGUGUCCUAUGUCAUGAGCAGUUAAGCAGGGGAUACUUUAGAAUGGUUGUAAGGAUACGUUCACAUAAAGGGAUUACUGAAAAAGCAGGAGUGCUCAGCAAAUCACUCUAGGCUACAGAUCUGCGAUUCUGCUUCAGUGAGCUCCUCAUGUAUUGCUGCUUUCAUAUUUUUAUUUUACAUUCUGAAUUGCAGAAUGUAACUAUUUAUAAGUCCUGUUGUGUAGGGGUUUUAUGUAGAAUGUGCAGAAUGAUGUGGUAGCUUUCAGGUGUCAAGGAACACAAUGUCCCAUGCUGUUCACUGACUGCCAGUACAUGCUGACAUUUUAUUAGACAUCUGGGUCAAAAGACAUUUCUCAUACUCCCAUCAUUUAACUUUCAGACCUGUUCCAUUCCUUUUUAAACGUGUGCUUUUAUUUUUUUUAUUCUUGCUCUUAUACUUUGUAAAAGAGAACCUAUUUAUCAAAUACAACACACUUUAAGUGAACAGGUACAUACAAUUAAUUUCCUUCCCUGUUACUUUGUUUAGAUUGAGGUCAAACAAAUUUCAUUUCGAUACUUAAUGAUCUAUGAAGUUGUAUUAACUUAUUGUAGAAGGUUUCAGGCACUUUCUGCAGAAACAAGCCAGUACCAACUGUUUUAGUCUACAAGAAGCAUGAAAGCAUUGACUUUCCUAUGUCCACCAAAAAGCAAGUUGACUUGUCAUUUUCUUCAUCCGGUAGUAAAAGUUUGGGUCAUUCAAUAUUGAGCCAGCCUAAAAGUACUGAAUGUUAAUCGCUCUAUUCAGUUUUGCAUAAUGUUACUGUUUAUAUAAUUUUGAAAGUCAAUUAUCAGGUGUUUGUAUUUUUUUUUUUUUUUUUUUCUACCAGACCAUUCUGAGUGCACAACCAUUUUAUUUGUCAAAUAAAUUAUUUUUCCCUCUCUUAAUAGACUUAGGUUGAACUUUCACAUCCGGUCUAAAUUAAUCUUCUUUAACACACGAUGCAUUGAGAGAUAUUGGAACGGUUGAGGUUGAAAUCUGAUAGAGAUAACAGUUCAAUAAGUAGUUCAUUACAUGCUUUACCCAGAGAGAGCAGACAAAACACUAUAAAGGCUACUAAUAUUUUUAUAUAGACAUAUAAAAUACCCCCCUCGCCAUGACAAAUGUCAAGGUUAUACAAUAUUUUAAGGAGGGAAAAUGUGAGUAGAUCCAGCUAGUGAAUCUGUGAAAUACUCAAGCACUUGUGAUGGCGUUAAGCUUUGUAGGGCAAAUCCACAAGCCUAUUUAAAAUUUUACAAUUCAGUUUUUCUUUCCCCUUCCUUUGGAAAUGUUAUCCAAUUAAUCCGUGGUCAAAAUUAUAGAUAUUGCAUGUCCUCUUAAAGUUAACUACGGUACGGACUUGUCUCAAAUAGCCAUUUCAAAUGCUUACUGCAACUCCUCACAAUUCUUCCCAAACGAUGAAAUGUUACAAAUAAUCAUGUUUGGACUACUGUGCUUCACUAAGUAAGCAUCACUAUUUGAUUUUGUUUUUUAAUGGAUUUUUUGAGUGAGUGUGUCAACACCCUCUCUUUCCCACUGCUUAUCCAUGUUGCAUAUAUAGUCCUACCAUAAACUUGAUUUUAUUUGUGCUUUUUAAAGAUAAUAAAUGAUCCAGAAGGCUAUUUAAAGUACUCUCUCUUAAGUCCACUUUGCUUACUGAAAUUAACAAAUGGCUUGUGAUAUUUAAUGUCAGGAAAUUCUGCUAACCUGAAACCUUUUCUUAAGCGUUGUACCGCCUAACUUUUUUAAAAUAAUAUGAGCAAUGUGUUUGUAUUUUUUUUAUGUUUUAUUUUAUUUUGGUGGGGUCCAAAGUAGGUUUAGUUUAUUAAAAAGUUAAAACGAAAACCAUAAAUGAGAGUAUUUUAAACGUGAAAAUUCUGCUUUGUGAAUAUGUAAGUAGAGUAUGUCUUAUUUUAUUCCCCCCUCCCCAUUUCAUCUAGCCAAUAUAAAUAGUUUUUGGUUUUUUUCCUUGUAGAACUGUCAAUAUAUACAUACAUAUA